AUGCCCCUUACUACUUAAAAAUCACUUUGGGAAAAAAUAAAAGAUAAACAGCCCUCUGCUUAACCAUUUUUAAAGCACCAUUAAAUUAAAGAAUACUAGGAAAGACUAUUACAGAAUCCAGUAUAAAUCAAUUCAAGAGCAGUUAUGUCAAUUAACUCAUCUAAUGUGGACUAGUACUCUAGUAACUAUGUAAUUUCUCCAUAAAUAGUACAUGAAAGAUAAAGCCAUUAGAAUGCUUAUAAUUCCUAGUUCCAAUCCUCAACACAGACUGUAUAGCAAAAGAAUUUUGCAAAUUUAGAACAAGAUGUAGGAGGCAGUAUUUUUGUUGACAAAUAAGAGAUUGAAAAUUAGCUUAAGGAAGAUUAAUUAGUGAAUGAUUAGAAAAGAUAAUAAAGUAAAAUCAAUGAGUCAUAGGAUUAAAAGAAUAAUGAUGAAGAAAACUAUAGCUAAGACUCUGAUUUUGAAUAAAUAGAUGAUGAAACUCCUUAAAAUGAGAAAAAUCAUUAGUAAAAUGAAUCUGUUUAGCUUAAUGAAGCAGAAACAGCUUAUAAUGAUAACACUGACUAGUAAAGUAAUAACAUGUAUAAUUAUAGUCACGCUACUAAAGAUUUUUAGAUUCUUGCUAUUGAUAAUAAUGAAGGAGUAGUGUAAAUUAACGAUGAUUUGAGGCAUAUUAAGUCUAAUAAAUAAAUGGAAAAGCAGAGAAAUCUUUAUCAGUAAAACAAUCACACCUCUGAGAAUUCUUAGCUAUUUAAUAAUUUCCAGGUAGUUAAUGACAUAAGAAUACAAAGUGGAGAAGCUUAUUUAGAGAAAGGCAAUUUCUCAACUCUUCAAGAAAUGCUACCCCCAAAUUAGAGAGUAAAGACAAGUAAUACAGCGAUGAUGAUAAAUACAUUUCAUACCUAAAAGCACUCAUUUUUCCAUAUGAGAGAUUAAUUGAACACUGAUGACUUAUCAAGAAAUAACAUAAAUUUCUCAGUUAAAUCUAAAUAAAGUAAGAGUGUACUUGAAUAGGUCAGAAUGAAGUCAUAUCAAACUAAAUCUGAAUUUGAACCUAGUAGUGCAUCAUAUACUGUAAAAGGCUAGUUUGAUAAAAUUUAAGACAAACGAAUGAAGCUGAGUAAGAUAGAAGGCCAUAGGUAAAAUCUAAGAACUCUAUGGGAUUUUGCCAAAUAAACAUGCCAGCCAAUGCUAGUAUCUAAAAUUGCUCCUCCAGGUCCAGGAUAGUAUAUUGAUACUAAGAAAUUUUCAUCAUUACAAAGAAAGGGAUAUUCUUUCUCUCGGGACACCAGAGUUUUUGAUAAAAUGAGGAAGGAGGAAAUUAAAAAUCUAUAUAAAAUUAAGGAGAAGGCUGCAAUGACUACUUUUAUGGAAUCUACUCAUUAGACUCUGCUCAAUAGAUCUUAAUUUGACGGAAACGUUACCAUCUCACCAGUAAGGCAUACAAUAAGUCGUAGCCCAGAUAGAAAUCCAGCCUCCUAUUCAUUUGCCUAAGACUCAAGAAUUUAGAACGUUAGAGAUGUAAGUAUACCUUAGAGAUAUCUUUGA